GGGCGACGGCGACCAACAUGUCUUGUUUGGCUAUUCUCUGGAACUCUUCCUGGAUGCGGCGGGGUGCGAGUGUGUGUAUCGUUGCGACUAGUCGGUGCUUCAAAACUACCCAACGUCUCUCAACCUACAUCCACCAUUUUACUCAAUAGGCUAUCUGGGAUUUCUUCAGAGCAUCUGGUCACCUCGGCUUUAAACCCUCAAUUUCGAUUGACUUCAGUCCUCGACCAUUCUUUUGCCAGGAUGUAACGAUCUAUAUCCCUCUUCAGACAUCUGGAUCUCGACCUCGACUUUAUAUUGAGCCAUACACCCGAAAUUGCGGUCCGAACUUCUCUGACAUCUUUGCUACCCUUCAAGGCGAUAAGCGAGCUAUCAUCUAUUCCACUGGUCCCCUUUGCAUUAUCGCGACCUGGACUACAAUCCAGACGAAUACUCUGUUUCCUGCUUCAAAGCGCCGCCUACCGAGGCGCACAAGCAGGCUACACAACUAUAAACACUCGAUAUCUUGGAUCAGUACAUGGAUUGUUGGGUGCCGGCAGCAGUUUAUUCUAAUGUAGCAUGUGUAUGUUCUCAGGUAGCUAAUAUUGGGUUUUCUAUAGAUUAACUACUUUCGACCGCCAUCACUCAAUUUAAGUCCUAUUACGGAUAACCCACUCUCCAUUAACACGCUGCGAUAAAUAAAAACAAUAUGGGAUCUACGGUGGUUGAAUUUAUGGCUGCGGAGGCUGAGGAGGACAAGUUAGCAAUUGUUAAUCGAAAAGUAGAAAAUCUCACUGCAAUUAGCAGCCUUAUUGCGGAGCUUGGUCCAUACAUAGAUGGAGAGGCUUCCAUGGAAGAUUGUCAGAAAGGAUUGGAGUUUUUGUUACUUGUACUACAAAAUGUCGACCCCGGAAAGCUCUCAAGGCAUGAUCUCAGCGCUCUUGUUGAGUAUUUGACAAAUCGGGUGUCUCAGGCUGGGGAGGUUCAGAUAUACAGAGCUGGUCUCCUGGAAAUUGCUAAAUGUCUGACCACCAUUGCAAAGAUGCCUAGAUUUAUAAAGUCAAAUGCAUCUGAUAUAGCCUUGGCAGUUUUCCGUCUUCCAGACAACAAGCAGUCGCUAAAUGACUUCCCUCAUUCUACACGAUUAAGUCUACUGAACCUCCUCCAAUGUCUGCUAGAAGCAUAUCCAACAGCACUUAAAUCCUCGUUGGGAAGCAAGUUUGUGGAUGGCAUAACUUCCAUGGCGGCAGUUGAGAGAAAUCCAUCCUGUAUACUUGCUAUUUUCAAAAUUUAUAGCCAACUAGGCAAGAGCUGGGACAUAAAUUCUGAUGAAGCUGAGACUUUGUUUGGAUCAUUCUUCCGUUAUUUUCCCAUUACUACUACCAAAUCAGCAACGCCCUUGAAGCCAGAGGAGGAUCUAAAACGCGGCCUUUUGAACUGUCUGAUAUCAAACGAUAGAUUUGCACCUUUUGUUUUCCCAGCCUUGUUCCAGAAAUUAGAUUCCGAAAGCGUUAGAGCAGAUAUAAAGAUUGAUGUAUUCGAUUCCAUGCUUGAAUGCAUACGGAAUUACACCAACGUUUCAGAGUUUUCAGUCACAAUAUGGGACACUUUGAAAUGGGAGGUCUGGAAUGGCGAAAACGAUGAUUUUAUCAAUCGUUCUAUAGAAAAUAUUGCCGCGAUUGCCGGCAAACUAGGUCAGCAAUCCUCUAGUAUCGAAGAUGAUAACGGCGAGUUAGCAAAAUUUGUCAACCACGUCACUCAGGAAUGCGUUACAAUAUUUACCGAUGAUACAAAGAAGCGUAUGAUUCUACCAUGUAUUCGUAUUUUGGGCAAAAUUUCGAGCACCUCUCCUCAAGCUUUUACACUCACUUCUCGAAAUACUCUACCGACUCUUUUUACCUUAUGGCAAGGACUAGAUAAUAUAGCCGAUAAAACGCGAUUGCUAGAGUCGUUUAAUAUUAUCCUCGAAACACGUGCAAACAUCUCACAAUCUUCCUCUCCACCUAUCGAGGAUGCACACAUGGCUCAACGAUUGGCCACCAUGGAUGUAAAUUUUGAUAGCUUACGCGAAAGCUUCGUAGAACUUUACUUUGGCGCCACCUCCAUGACUUCUAGUGAUCUCGAAUUAAAGAUCGCCACCACUAAAGGACUUACACUUUUGGCCACAAUUCGCAAUGAUUCCGUUAAUCGUCCAUUUUUAAAUUCUUUCGAACAAGGAACAAUCAUUGAAAAGCUCAAUGAGACAGCAUUCGAUUUGAAAGAGGCUGAUGAUCUUCGCUCGUUGGCUGUGGCUUCCUUGUCCAUUCUAUCGGUUCGAUAUCCAGACACGUUCAUCAAUAUCACACUUCCCAAUUUCAUUGGCAAACUUCCAGAUCAGUUGAAAACCGAGCACAGUGAUGAAUCUGACUUGUCUCAAGUAGUUUGGCUCCUGGACUCACUUGUGGACAUCGCUUGCAAAUCGACUUGCCAGCGUGAGCUGGAAAUUCCCGACUCCGAAGACAAGGCCCACUUCAAAUUCAGGUUGUUUAAGGCUUUGCAAUCGGAAUUAGUCAUGAAAUUUACACAUUAUAUUUGUAAAUAUGCAAAUCAAAAGUCCUAUCAGAUGGCCCUGCUAGCCGCAAUAUAUCGAGGAUUGCAGGUGUUUGAUGAUGCACUUGCCGAUGAUAGAACAGCAAGUGAACUAUUGUCAAGCAGUAAUGAUAUCGUCGAUUCCUAUGCUUUCAUUGCAAUUGCAUUAUUUAAGCGAGUAAUUGGGCUCUUUCAGCAUGAGACUGGCGAUUUGAAAGGCAGUUGGUUUGUAGGUAUCUCCGAGGUUAACAAAGGAGAAUACUUCGACGAUUCCGUUAUUGCACUGGUUGGAACAAUUGGAACGUACAUACUUCGAUCCAAUACCACUCCACAUGAAAACAACUUUUUACUCAAAGCUAAUGCAGAUAAUCCCACUGAGCCGAGUCGUGUUUGGACUUUAUUCAAUUUUGGAGCACACACCAGAGCAGACUUAGGUGCUUGUCAACAGGAUCUCCGCGUUGGUCCCUCUAAUAAGUGUUCCGCCAACAUUCUUUCUACUGCCUUAAUAGCUGGAAUUCGCAAAGAAGAUAUUGAUCGCUUAGGCCUAGUCGUUCAUGAAACUGCCAAGUCAAUGCUUUUCAACGCAAUUUCUGUGGAGAAUAAGUGUUCAAGACAAGCUCGAAUUAGUAUGUUACAGAUGCUUCAACUUCUUGUAAACAAAUUCGGUGCAGACAAGAAAGAAUUUGAAGAUGGAAAACAACUUCAUGACGUUAUGCUCGAGUUGGUCAAUGGGGCAGCAUCAAAGCCAGAUCUAGAAGCAUAUCAAAUAUAUCAAGCCCUGGCUUAUUUUGCUGCGGCCGCAGUGGCAGCAUAUGAACCAUGUAGUACAGCACUCAUCGAUGCCAUGAUGCAAGGUAUUUCGGACCCAAAGCGCGGUCGAAAGAUUGCCCGCAGCUUCGCAAUCCUUUUAGCUCCAUCAAACAUGAUGAACGAAAACAACUUCUGUAUUCUUCGACCUCUUCGAUUUGGUCGUCUUUACAGCACCACUGUCAAUCAACUCAUUACUCUCUGGCGAUCCAAUGAAGACAAUCGCAUCAAAGAAAACUAUCUGAUUGCCCUUGCUGGUAUCCUUCGAUACAUGCCAGCAAAGAUCAUGCAAGGCAAUGCUGCACAGAUCCUUCCAAUUGCUCUAGCUGGUACAGACGUUCCGGACAAGACCACAAAAGACGCAAGCAUGAAUAUCAUGAUCGUUCUAAUGCCGGAAAAUCCUGGCUUGAUUGAAGAACACCUUGAUUCGAUUAUCAAUCGAAUGACGGAUCGUACGCAUAACACGUAUGAUUCACCCUCGGAUGCUAAUGUUGAAGGUAGAUCUAAGGCUUUGGAUGUACUUGCUAUGCUUCCAACUUUAGUAGAGAAUGGACUUCUUCUGAAGCGGAAAAAUGCAGUGCUAAAGGAACUUGAUGUUGCGCUAGAUGAUUGCUCAAGAGAGGUGAGAAUGAGGGCUGAUAGAUGUAAAAUGAUUUGGUUCAAUUUGUAAUUGGAUCUUUGCAUUGCCAUAAUGUGUUAUGGGUUGAGGGAUUGCCUUGGGUGGAUGCUGUUGCAUUUGAUUGUUUGGGGCGCAAUAAUUUUACAUAGGAUAGGCGGAGAGGCAUUUUGAGAUAUUGAAUAGACACAUGAUUUGAUGAGAGAACGAAUACCAGGGGACAUUGUGAUAAGGAGGAAUAAUAUAAGAAUUGUUAUCUUGCUCUAACAAACAGAUUCUUGGGUGAUAAUAACUGCUUGAUAAAGCCAAAAGGAAAAGAGCCAGAAUUUCAAGCUUUUCAAGUGGAUUGACUGAUUCUAUUAGAUGUAUUUCUCAAAACUACAUGAUAAGCAAGUGUGGGCUCACCGGUGGACAUGUAAUAUAGAGAAGGAGA